CAGAGAGCAGGAGACAGCGAGAGAAGCGAGCCUUGAAACCUCUGCGGUGCAGAGCUGGAAAAGCUGCUUCUCAGCGAUAUUCAGACGCCCUAUAUUCACCCUGCUGCUUUGCUCCUGUUCUUUUCCUGGAGAAAAAAAGGGGACUUACUGCCAAGAAGUUGCAACGAGGACUGGUGCCCGUCUCUGCGACCGAAUGUGGUAUUUCUUUUAUUGUUCUUAUUAUUUAUGCAGAUUUCUUUUUUUGUGUGUUUGAAUACACUUCUACUGAAGGGACUGAGCUUUUUAUUUUUUUGCACUGAGACGCAUUGCUUGCUGCCUCCUGCCUGCUGGUCUCCCUGCCAGAUUACCCCGGCAGAAGUAGGCUACAUGACGCAAACCCUGAGCACAGCAGUAGUCUGAAAGUUUUUCCUCCACUACUUUUUUUUUUCGUUUUCCUUUUUUUCCCACCCCUCACGCGGUGGUUCAUGCGAGAGCAGAAGAACUAUUGCAUGAAACCAGAGAGGAGAGAAGAGACGCUGAUUAAUAAAUCCGUUUUUGCGACGCUUGCAAAAAAAUCCCGUUGCAUAUCAGCAGCAUGAGCACAGAGCUGAGCAUGGGUCCGGAGCUACCCAGCAGCCCUCUGGCUCUGGAAUAUGUCAACGAUUUCGACCUGAUGAAGUUUGACGUGAAGAAAGAAGGCCUGGCCGGGCUGGAGCGCAACGGGGUGCGCCAGUGCAACCGCCUCCAGCCCCAGGGCUCCGUGUCCUCCACCCCCAUCAGCACCCCCUGCAGCUCGGUGCCCUCCUCGCCCAGCUUCAGCCCCACGGAGCAGAAGAACCACCUGGAGGAGCUCUACUGGAUGCCCAACAGCGGGUACCACCAGCAGAUAGACCCGCAGACCCUGAGCCUGACCCCGGAGGACGCGGUGGAGGCCCUGAUCGGGUCCACGGCCCACGGCCACCCGCCGCCUCCGCACGUCCAGCAGCAGCUGCAGCAGCAAGGCUCCUUCGAGGGCUACAGGGGCCCCCAUCACCACCACAGCCACCACGGCCACAGCCAGCAGCACCAUCACCCCUACCCGGGGGGCCUCCCGCACCACUCCGAGGAGCUGUCCGGGCACCCGGGCGCACACAGCCACCCACACAGCCAGCACCACCACCUCCACAGCCAGGACCCCGACAGCCCGGGCCCGCUGUCCCCGGACGACCACCAGCCGCUCCACCACCACCGGCACCACCACCACCAUUCGCACGGCCACCUGGGCCAGUCGGGCUCGCACCACGGCUCCGGGAGCGGCCUGAACGUGGAGGACCGGUUCUCCGACGACCAGCUGGUGUCCAUGUCGGUGCGGGAGCUGAACAGACACCUCCGGGGCUUCACCAAGGACGAGGUGAUCCGCCUGAAGCAGAAGAGGAGGACCCUGAAGAACCGGGGCUACGCGCAGUCCUGCCGGUUCAAGCGGGUGCAGCAGAAGCAUGUGCUGGAGAACGAGAAGACGCAUCUGAUGAACCAGGUGGACCAGCUGAAGGCGGAGAUCGGCCGCCUGGCCCGGGAGAGGGACGCCUACAAACUCAAGUGCGAGAAGCUGACGGGCUCGGGGACCGGCUCCGGGUUCCGCGAGGCGGGCUCGACCAGUGACACCCCCUCGUCCCCAGAGUUCUUCGUGUGAGUUGUCACAAGCCUUUCCCCCCCCCACCCCUUCACAACAAAACUUUGCCCCCCCCUCUCCAACAACAUCUUCUCCCUUUUUUUGGGGAGACUGAUGAACGAACGAUAAUAUCAAUCCACUCCUCCCAUCCCAUCCUGUUUAUGAUAAUAACCCUUAUAUUAGAAGAGUAAUCCAUCAAAUAGUAUCCUCAUAUAUAACCAUCUCUCCAUCCACGUGUCAACUGAGAUACAAAGAGCAACGUAGAGAGACCAGUCGCAGUAUCUUUGUAGAUUAGUUGCUUGUAGAGAAGAGACUUUUCCUUUUUUUUUUUUGUUCCUCCUGAAAGAAGCGGAAGGAUCGACUGAUGAACUCUUUUUUUCUCUUCCUCUCUCUCUCUCUCUCCUUCCUUUGAGGCUACAGCUUUUUAAAUAACCUGUAAGUAGUGUGGGAUGGCGUCGAGCUGUCGUUGUCUCUUGUAAGAAGCAACAACAAGUCGCUGCAGGGCUCAUGGCCUCGACAAGUGGGCCCGAGAAUCUGAGACAAAUCUCCCAAAAAAAGCAAAGACUCCACUUUAUGCAAAACUUCUGUCUGCUGACCCGU